GUGUGUCUGUCUGUGGUGAUGAACGAGCUCCGGUGCCGGCUGCAGGCGGGCGCACACGGGACGCGGCCUGAUGCUUUGAAUCAAAGGCAAUAGUAUCAUGUUUAAUUCUGGUCGUUGCAGUGUGUGUGUGGUGUUUUAGAGGAGACGAUGCUGACUGACACGACUGUGGAGGAGGAAUUUGAGAUCAAGGAGGAGGAACCGUGGUACGACAAGCAGGACCUUGAACAUGACCUGCAGCUGGCGGCCGAGCUCGGGAAGACCCUCCUGGAGAGGAACAGGGAGCUGGAGCAGGGGCUGCAGCAGAUGUACUCCACCAACCAGGAGCAGCUGCAGGAGAUCGAGUACCUGACGAAGCAGGUGGACCUCCUCAGGCAGGUCAAUGAUCAGCACGCCAAAGUGUACGAGCAGCUGGACGUGUCGGCCAGAGAGCUGGAGCAGAGCAACCACAAACUGGUGGUGGACAGCAGGACGGGGCAACAGAGGAUCCUGGGGCUGACAGAAACCGUUGAGCUGCUGCAGACGCAGGUGGAGGAGCUGCAGCAUCAGGUGGAAGAGCUAAAGUUGAGUCCUCAGCCUCAGAAGCCUCCGCACAGGGAGGGGUGGUCAACUCGCAGCAGUCAGAGUGUGUCCUGUCUGAAAGAGCUGCAGAGCACACUCAGGUACGACUGUGACCCCGAUGAACCCUCAGACGACCUCGAGUCCUCCGACGUGUCGUGGCACGAGGAGGAGCAGGCGUCACUGCGUCAGUCCCUCCGCGCACUCCAGACGCAGUUCGCCUGUGAGCGGGCUCGCAGGGAGGAGGCGGUGCGAGAGGCCGAGCUGCUCGCUGGCGAGAACGCGACGCUGGAGCAACAGCUGACCAGGAUGGAGGGAUGUCAGGCCCGAGUCCACGAGCUGGAGCGUGAGGCCGAAGAGCUCCGUCAACUCUGGAAAUCACACUCCUCCACUAGAGCCUCCAGGCCGGACUCCGUCAUCCACAACCUGCUGCCGGAAUCGCUGCUCCUCCACCCAGAAGAGGAGGAGAACGAGGGUGAUGCAGCUGCAGCUAGGAGCCCCUGGGUGCUAAAGCGCUGGGGCCAGGAGAAGCCUAUAAGGGCCACGCAGGUGCCCGACUGCCCCGACAGGAUCUACGACCACGAAUGCUCCUGUGUGCGCCGAGCCGAGGUGGUGAAGUACCGCGGCAUCUCGCUGCUCAACGAGGUGGACGCCCAGUACAGUGCCUUGCAGGUGAAGUACGACGAGCUGCUGCAGCGCUGCCACCCGGGGCCACAGGAGCUCGAACAGGACGGUCAGAGCCAUAAAUCGGUCCAGACGCCGUCCCUCACUUGUCCUGCUCUCACAGACAUGAAGGACUUUGAAGAGGACUUUCACCAGCCUGAGUACAAGGAACUUUUCCGGGAAAUUUUCUCCCGCAUUCGUAAAACCAAAGAGGACCUGAUGGAAAACAGGGGGAGAACCUCGGCCGGUGACGCGCUGCCUCUUUUGCAUUAGCUGCUUCCAGAGAAAAGAGACAUAAAGACCUGCUGCGAGAUGAAUGAUCGUCUUCCAGUUACUGAGCGAUUUACACCUAAGACUUUACCAACAGCACAUGCAGCUAAGUCAACACUUUGCCCAGAAAUGUCCAGCAAAGACAGAAGAGUGAUGCAGAAACAGGACGACCAAACACCACCAGCUCGUUUCUCAGAUGUGGCUCAUUUUGCACAGAAACACCAGUGCCUAACGCUGCCGUCUCCACCGUGCGAUCACUCUACCUCACUUUGCAUAGACCCGUUCUUAAACCUGAGGAAACCGUUUCUGGGGAAUAAUCUGUCAUCUCUUCAUACACUGUCUGUAAUGCUGUGUUUUACAGGUCCUGUAGUUUCCUUUAUAAAUGAAUGUAAAUUUACAGAAAGGUUCCUGGAAAAGACCUAAAGAAGAAGUUUGGUAAGAAUUACAGAGAAAUUGGAGAAUCCAGUUAAGAUAUUUCAAUUAAUUGCUGGUGUGAGGUAGAAAGUUUAUUAUUCAGUGGAAAACAUUCAAAAAAACGUUCUCUACACUACGUCUUGGAUUAAAUUUAAUAAACGAUUAAAGUAGUUUCCAUGCAGCAAACAGUUAUUUUCAUAACAGAUUAAUCUAUUCAUUGUUUGUUUUUUUUAUUAAUCAAUCACUUUGGUCACAGAAUAUUCAGGAAGUACCAAAAAGAUUGAUUCUUGCUUUAGUAUUCAAUUUACAAUGACACAAAUCAAGAAGAAGAAAAAAACAAGUCUUCACAUUUCAGUCAAUGGAGCCAGAUACUUUUUUUUUGGCAUUCCUUGGAAGAAUUUAAUUAAAAAAUGACAUUAAACAGAUAAAGAAAUUACAUGAUCAACAAAUCGUUUUAGCUCCACAAAAGUGAACUAAACCCUCAGAAAAAUGUUCCCUGUAACUUCGUACCUUUUUUCUAGGGAACAUUUGGGAAGUCGCAGAUCUGUAAAACAAAUUGCUCCACUUGAAUCUGUUUUGAUGAGGGUCUUGGAAUAAACUAGUGUUUUGUAAUUGCAACAUGUAUUGCUCUGAAACUUGAUUAUUGUAUGUUAGGUUAGAUGAUGUGAGUGGAUGUUAUAUUAAAGGGACGUUCUGUGGUUCAAAAUGAAAUAACUUGAUAAUGUAGCGGCCUCCUGAUGUAUUCGCCUCAGGACGCCGGUGUAUGAUUAGAAGCUUUUUUUCCCAGCAGCACCUCUGUUGCAUUCGCAGUCUGGGCACAUGUAUGUAAACAUCCUGUUAAGUCCCAUUGAAAUGCACUUUAGAAUUGCACAGGCUCUUCUGACACUUUAUAUCUCAUGUGUAGUUAAUGCAAAGCGUGAUGUGCUACUGUUCCAAUCAUAUUCUAGACCCGAGUAACCUGCAUAAUGUUUGAGUGUCUGUACAAUGUGCUUUUUACCUGUUUCAUGACUGGACCUCACAGUUACUGUUAUUGCUCUGAGCCAUAAAACAUGAAGCAAGA